AUGUCAAGAAAACGUCGUUUGCUUUCUGUCAAGGAAGCUCUUGAAUACAUGCAAGAGCUGUCGGAAAAUGAGUCUGAAGAUGAAAAUUAUGACCAUGAUUUAUUCAGCGAAGAAUAUGCCCCGUCAUCGAACGAAGAAUGUGAAUCGUCAGAUGAUAAUUUAUCUGUUGAUUUUGCGACUCAAUUUGACAAUGAUACGAAUCACUUAUCCGACAACCAAUGUGUAACAUCAAAGGCAAGAGGAAAAAAGCGUAAAACAAAAUCUCCAAAUAUAACACUAAAAUUGAAAGAAAAUGAAGAAAUUUUUGGGAUAGAUGGAUCAAAAUGGAAAAUUAUUUCUUCUGAAACUAACGAUUGUGGAAGAAUUUCACAACAUAAUGUUUGUAAAGAAGCUUGCGGCCCGACAUCGUACGCAAAGCGGAACAUUGAUGAUGAAUUUGCGUCAAGCUCGUGGAGACUAAUCAUAAAUGAAAGUAUGCUUCGUCACAUAAAAAUGUGUACAGAAGAAGAAGCUCAUAGACAGCUGGGAAACAAUGAUUGGACACUAAAAUUAGAAGAAAUUGAUGCGUUCAUUGCAAUUUUAUAUGCUCGAGGUCUAUACUGCGCAAAAGGCCUAGAACUUGACAGUUUAUGGUCAACUAUUUGGGGUCCUCCUUUUUUUCGUGAAACAAUGGCAAGAGACAGAUUUAGAGAUAUUUUGAGAUUUUUACGUUUCGAUCAAAAAACAACCAGAUCAGAACGUUUGAAAACGGACAAAUUUUGUCUAAUUUCAAAAAUUUGGUACAUGUUUACUGAAAAUUCUAUCAAUUGUUAUAAACCCGGACCCUACAUUACAGUUGAUGAACAACUCUUUCCCACAAAAGCCAGAUGCAAGUUUACGCAAUACAUGCCAAAUAAACCUGACAAGUUUGGGAUAAAAUUCUGGAUUGCCGCAGAUGCUGACACAAAGUACAUAGUAAAUGGUUUUCCAUAUCUAGGUAAAGAUAAGAAUCGUCCUACAAAUCAGAAUCUUUGCGAAUAUGUUGUUCUAAAUUUAAUCAAACCGUUUGAAAAUAAAGGAAGGAAUGUCACCACGGACAAUUAUUUUACAACUCUGAACCUAGCAAAAAUUUUAAAAGAAAAAAAGACAAGCUUAAUUGGAACAGUAAAACGAAAUCGUAGAGAAGUGCCUACAAUUGUAAAAAAAAUGAAGACACCCUUGCAUGAAACGACAUUACUAAAGCACGAUGACAUCACCAUGACAGUUUAUCAAGGGAAGCAAAAGAAAAAUGUCAUACUACUUAGCUCAUUGCAUCCAACUGUUCAUAUUGGCACUAAUAAUAAGAAAAUGUUACCAGAGACGGUAUCAUUUUAUAACACUACAAAAUGUGGUGUGGAUGUCGCAGACCAAAUGGCUCGAAAGUACACCGUAAAAGCUGGGUCUAGGAGAUGGCCUGUUCACGUCUUUUACAAUAUCCUUGACCUUGCGGGAAUAAAUUCUUGGAUUUUGUAUAAACAAGCCACAGGAAAGAACAUUUCAAGGAAAGAGUUUCUUCAGCAGCUCGUCGAAGAACUGAGAGCAACAUACAUUUCAACAAAACGUAAAAGAACGUAUCCAGGCAUAUUGCAAAGCCGGAAUUUAGCCACACUGACACCCGGAUCCGAAAAAAAUAUGUCAGUAGUUCCAAAGAGAGUGCGUUGUCAUGUCCCAAAAUGCAAUAAUAAAACUGUUGACAACUGUUUUGACUGUAAAAACCCAAUGUGUGGCAAGUGCAUUAAGUGUAUAAAAAGGAGCUGUGUUAAUUGCGUGUAA